ACAUGGCUGCAGACUCCCUGGGCCUGGGCCUGGGAGGAGAAGCUGCCCAUGGGCCUGGAGGACACUGUUCCAGCAUGGGCACAGCCAUUAUUCGUUAAUCUGCAGCCCUGGAAUGUCUGCGGGCCAAUCAGCAGGGUCUCCGAGGGCUCCCCGAGGGCUCCGAUAAUCCUGCAAUGAUUAGCAGGGGCCACGGGGUCGCUGCGAACCACUCGCCCAGCCUGACUCUUAGAGACUGUGAAUAGCUCCAUCCAGUCUGGGAAGCGGGCUGGACAGCUGAGCCAGGCAGAGCCCCGAGCACCCAGCAGGCCCAUGUUGAGGCUGCAGCCCUCCCCGGGGCUGGGGGGCCACCGGCCUGGCCUCCUGCCCGUGCUCCUGGCUCUCCUUGGCAUGACCUGGGCAGAGGUGCGCCCACUCCAGCUACAGGAGAAGCAGGUUCCAGUGCCUGGAGCCCUGAGCGAGAAGGAGAGCUUCCUGCUCCUCUCCCUGCACAACCGCCUGCGCAGCCGGGUCCACCCCCCUGCAGCCAACAUGCAGAGAAUGGACUGGAGCGAGAGCCUGGCCCAACAGGCCCAGACCCGGGCAGCCCUCUGUGGCGCCCCAGCCCCAAGGCCAGCCUCUGUGCCCCGGGCUACCCCGCAAGUGGGCUGGAAUGUGCAGCUGCUGCCCGUGAGCUCGGUGUCCUUCACCCACGUGGUGGGCCUGUGGUUCUUGGAGGGGCAGCAGUACAGCCAGGCAGCGGCCGAGUGUGCCCCCAAUGCCACCUGCGCCCACUACACUCAGCUCGUGUGGGCCACCUCGAGCCAGCUGGGCUGUGGGCGGCAUCCCUGCCCUGGGGCCCAGGGUGAGAUGGAAGCCUUUGUCUGUGCCUACUCUCCCGGAGGCAACUGGGAGGUCAACGGGAAGACCAUCGUCCCCUACAAGAAGGGCGCCUGGUGUUCGCUCUGCACAGCUAGCGUCUCGGGCUGCUUCAAAGCCUGGGACCACGCAGGGGGGCUGUGUGAGGUCCCCAGGAACCCAUGUCGCAUGAGCUGCCGGAACCACGGACAUCUCAACCUCAGCACCUGCCACUGCCACUGUCCCCCGGGUUACACAGGCAGAUACUGCCAAGUGCGGUGCAGCGUGCAGUGCGUGCACGGCCGGUUCCGGGAAGAGGAGUGUUCCUGCGUCUGUGAUGUUGGCUAUGGGGGAGCCCAGUGUGCCACCAGGGUGCUCUUUCCCUUCCACACCUGUGACCUGAGGAUCGAUGGCGACUGUUUCAUGGUGUCCUCAGAGGCAGACACCUAUUAUGGAGCCAAGAUGAAAUGCCAGGGAAAGGGCGGGGUGCUAGCCCAGAUUGAGAGCCAGAAAGUGCAGGACAUCCUCGCCUUCUACCUGGGCCGCCUGGAGACCACCAACGAGGUGACCAACAAUGACUUCGAGACCAGGAACUUCUGGAUCGGCCCUCAUCGCAGGGAGCCCGGGCUGCCAGUGGGGCCCAGGGAUCUCGGGUAUGGGGCCAGCCUUGGCUGCUGUGGCUCAGGGCUCACCUACAAGACCGCUAAGGACUCCUUCCGCUGGACCACCGGGGAGCACCAGUCCUUCACCAGUUUCGCCUUUGGGCAGCCUGACAACCAGGGGUUUGGCAACUGUGUGGAACUGCAGGCAUCGGCCGCCUUCAAUUGGAACGACCAGCGCUGUAAAACCCGAAACCGUUACAUCUGCCAGUUUGCUCAGGAGCACAUUUCCCGGUGGGACCCAGGGCCCUGAGGCUCACCCAUGCCUCUCCCCUACCAGCACCUGGAUGCACAGCCCUACUUGCCCUUCUGCCCACCUGUUUAGAACAAGGGCCGGGCUAGGACUGCAGGCCCAACAGCCAAAGAGGCCUCAGACCUUGCAGGAAGUGGGGCAGGGGGUACAAGUGAGGCCGAUGGAGAGCCCGGUAUAGGAGGAGGGGAGCCUGGGGUCCCCCAGCCUGCUUUUGAGUGGGAAGAUGGAUCUUAAUUAGGCACUGAAACAGGAGUCUAGGGCAGCGGUCAGAAGAGACCACUCUCCUCCAUCUGGGCUGGACCCUCUGGGGCAGACAGAGGUUCCUUGCUGCCCAGGAUGCACCCCACAAAGGAUUAAACUAAGUUAUGGAUCAGC